GCGAGCGCCGCCGAGGCCCCGGGCCCCAAACCCGGGCGGCGGCGGCAGCCAGGACGACAGGGCGAGGGCCAGCGGCCUGAGCACCCACAGCAGCCCUACUCCUGGACCUUCGCGGGCCUCGACGGCCCAAUCGCCCAACUUUUCUACCCUGCACCUCCCCUCCCCCGAAACUCCAGCAACAAAGAAAAGUAGUCAGAGAAGGAGCGGCGACGCCGGGUCGCCAGCUCCUCGUCUCCUGGUUAGACAGAAUACAGUUAUGGCCACCCAGGUAAUGGGGCAGUCCUCUGGAGGAGGAGGAGGGCUGUUUACCAGCAGUGCCAACAUUGGAAUGGCCUUGUCUAACGACAUGUAUGACUUGCAUGACCUCUCUAAAGCUGAACUGGCCGCACCGCAGCUUAUUAUGUUGGCAAAUGUGGCUUUGACUGGGGAAGUAAAUGGUAGCUGCUGUGAUUACUUGGUUGGUGAAGAAAGACAGAUGGCAGAAUUGAUGCCUGUUGGGGAUAAUAACUUUUCAGAUAGUGAUGCAGAAGUACUUGAAGAGUCUCCUGAAAUAAAAGGUGAACCUAAUGGACUGGAAAACAUGGAACUGGAAAGUUUGGAACUCAGUGUUGUAGAACCUCAACCUGUAUUUGAGGUAUCUGCUGCCCCAGAAAUUUAUAACACAAAUAAAGAUCUUCCUACCAAAACACCAGGAACAGAGGACAAGUGCAAGAACUUGAAGACCAAACCAUUUCGCUGCAAGCCAUGCCAGUAUGAAGCAGAAUCUGAAGAACAGUUUGUGCAUCACAUCAGAGUUCACAGUGCUAAGAAAGUUUUUGUGGAAGAAAGUGCAGAGAAGCAAGCAAAAGCCAGAGAAUAUGGCUCUUCUGCUGCUGAGGAGGGAGAUUUCUCCAAGGGCCCCAUUCGCUGUGACCGCUGUGGCUACAAUACCAACCGAUAUGAUCACUAUACUGCGCAUCUGAAACACCACACCAGAGCUGGGGAUAACGAGCGAGUCUAUAAGUGCAUCAUUUGCACGUAUACCACAGUAAGCGAAUAUCACUGGAGGAAACACUUGAGAAACCAUUUUCCUAGGAAAGUAUACACAUGUGGAAAGUGCAACUAUUUUUCAGACAGAAAAAACAAUUAUGUUCAGCAUGUUCGAACUCAUACAGGAGAACGCCCGUAUAAAUGUGAACUUUGUCCUUACUCAAGUUCUCAGAAGACUCAUCUAACUAGACACAUGCGUACUCAUUCAGGUGAGAAGCCAUUUAAAUGUGAUCAGUGCAGUUAUGUGGCCUCUAAUCAACAUGAAGUAACCCGCCAUGCAAGACAAGUUCACAAUGGGCCUAAACCUCUUAACUGCCCAUACUGUGACUACAAAACAGCAGAUAGAAGUAACUUCAAAAAACAUGUAGAGCUACAUGUUAAUCCGCGGCAGUUCAAUUGCCCUGUAUGCGACUAUGCAGCUUCCAAGAAAUGUAAUCUGCAAUAUCAUUUCAAAUCUAAGCAUCCUACUUGUCCUAAUAAAACAAUGGAUGUUUCAAAAGUGAAACUAAAAAAAACCAAAAAGAGGGAGGCUGACUUGCCUGAUAAUAUAACUAAUGAAAAAACAGAAACAGAGAAGACAAAAAUAAAGGGAGAUGUGGCUGGAAAGAAACAUGAGAAGCCUGUAAAGGUAGAGAGAAAAGAUAAUGUUUCAAAAGAGAAAAAGUCAUGUAAUGCCUCAGUGGCCCAAGUGACUACCAGAACUCGCAAAUCAGCAAUGGAGACUAAAGAGAUGGAUGUGCCUGCAGGAAAUAAUUCAGAAAAAUCCUGUAAAACCAAGAAAAGCAAAAGGAAGAUGGGAGCUGAAGCCCAUUCCUUAAAUGAUCCUGUGAAUGAUGAAGAACCUAUGACAAAAAAGAAAAAAAAAGUAGAAAGCAAAUCCAGAAUCAGUCAGGAAGUGUCAAAGGAUGACAGCAAAGUGGAGGAGAAUAAAAAGCAAAACACAUACACAAAAAAAAGUACAAAGAAGAAAACUCUGAAAAAUAAUAAAUCAAGUAAAAAAAGCAGCAAGCCUCCUCAGGUCGAGUCUGCUCAGAAGGGGCCUUGCCAGAAGAAGCCUGCUCAGGUAGAGCCUCCUCAGACAGGAACAGCUCAGAAGCAGCCAGCUCAGGUGGGGCCUUCUCCCAUUGAUCCACUUCCUCCCACAGGCCCUCCUUCUGUGGAUCCUCCUCCUCCCAUGGAAUCUCCUCCCAUGGAACUGCCUCCUUCCGUAGUGUCUCCUCCUCGGAUGGAGCCUCUUCCUCAGACGGAGCUGCAGCCUCAGACAGAGCCGCCACCUCAGACAGAGCCGCCACCUCAGAUGGAGCCUCCUCCUCAGACAGAGCCUCCUCCUCAGACGGAGCCUUCUCCCCUUAUGGAGCCGCCUCCUCUGAUGGAGCCCCCUCCUCUGACGGAUCCCCCUUCUCAGACGGAGCCGCCUUCUCAGACGGAGCCGCCUUCUCAGACGGAGCCGCCUUCUCAGACGGAGCCGCCUCCUCAGACGGAGCCGCCUUCUCAGACGGAGCCGCUUCCUCGGAUGGAGCCUCCUCAGGUGGAGCCGCCUCAGAUGGAGUCUCUUCAGAUGGAGCUGAUUCCCAAAAAGUCUCCUCCCCCAAAAGAUGAUAAUAAGGAAAUGUGUGACACACAGAGUGAAAUGGCACGGAAGGAGCAAGUCCUUAUUGAAGUUGGCUUAGUGCCUGUUAACAGAGAUAGCCAGGCUCUAAAGGAAAGUACAAGCACACAGGAACUCCUACCGUCACCACUGCCACCAAAGGAAGACUUAAAGGAAGAGGAAUCAAAAGACCAAAAAUCAUUCUCUGAAGAGGAAGGAAUUAAAGAAGCCUCUCUUCAGAAAGUAGGAGCAGAAGACGCAGACAAGAGUCUAGCUGGUCUUACUGCUACUACCGAGGAAUCUACCAGUAUUUCAUCUUGUGAAAAAAACUUGAAAAUGCCAGAGGGUGAUAUUUUAGAUGAUAAACAUCAGGCUGACACUAUGCUUUGUAAAAUGGAAACGGAUACUGAUCAAAACAAAACAGAGAGUCUCUCUGGUAAAGACUCAGUUAAACCAAUUUUACCACUGCUUCUUCCCCCACCGAUAGAAAAACGUGAAACAGUGUCCAAAACUGCUGUGACAUCACCUCCUGUUACCACGGCAGUAAAUGAGUCUCAGGAAAUUGAUGAAGACGAAGGCAUUCACAGUCAUGAUGGAAGUGACCUAAGUGACAACAUGUCUGAGGGUAGCGAUGAUUCUGGAUUGAAUGGAGCUCGACUGGUUCCACAAGAAACUAGCAGAAAAAAUGUAAAGGAAGCUUUGUCAGUCAAAGUGGCUGAGGGAGAUUUUGUUUGCAUUUUUUGUGAUCGCUCUUUCAGAAAGGAGAAAGAUUACAGCAAACACCUCAAUCGCCAUUUGGUUAACGUAUACUUCCUUGAGAAAGCAGCUAAAGGGCAGGAGUAAUUAACUUUGGACAAAGUUACAGGUCUAUCAUAUUUUAUAGUCAUUUAUAGUAGUAGGCAACCUUUUAUUUUUAAGAUUGCUUUAAUUAGUGUCCAGCGUUGAUUUUAAGUGACACUUAUCCUUAAGACUUUUUUUAUACUGAUUGAUAUAUAAAUUGGCAAAUCCAAGGGAGUUAGUACUAAAUCAGCAGAAACCUAAAUCUGUUAGCUUAUGCAUUUAAUUGAAAUGAGAAAGCCAAGACGAUAUAGAAUUCUGUUGCUUUGUUCAGGUACAACGUGUCGGUUUUUUUCCAUUUCACUGUAUUCAUAGUUUGUUAUUUAGCUCUAUAAAAAUUGGCAUACUCAACAGCAAAUUACUUGAAGAAUUUGCCUGCUUUAUAUAAAGUUAGCACUUUAAAAUUUUUUUUAGAGAUGAGAAAAGAUACUUAAAUUGAAGAAAAACUCUCCCAACAAUGGACAGUGUAUUGGUCCAGGUAUUUACUUUCUGAGUUUUGAUCAUUGUUUCUUAUUUGUGUAUGUUACUGGUCAUGAAAACAGUGAUUUUGGUGUGCUUUGUGUGUGUGUGUGUGUGUGUGUGUGUGUGUGUAGGGGGGGUGCUUUAAUGGCUUAAGAUGUUGCACAUUUUUUUUUUGUUUGUUUUUUUACCUAUGCAGUUAAUUUUUAAAAAAAUAGCAUUUGUGUUGAACAGGAACACUUUAUACAUAUAUAUGCAUGUUUAUUUUGGCCUCUUUGGAGGGAUGCUUUUAGGCUUGUUUGCAAAAGGACAGUUUUCUUUUUCUUUGCUGCGAUUGUCUUUUUUGCAGAAUAUUAGCGUGCAAGUUUGUGAGCAAAUGAAACAUGCAGGCUCAAUCUUUUUUUUUUUAAAUUUCAUAUCUUUAUAUCUAUGCUGUAUUUCAUGUAGGUUAUUUAUUUUGAAUGGAUGUAGUAAAUUUGUAACUCUCAGCUUUGAUUUUUGCAAUAAACCACUAGGCGCUAUUGAAUGGAUUUUUACAUCAAAUUACCAACCAUCGGUAAUUAUAUUUUGCCUGUUUUGGUACAGCUAUGUCCUGACUGUACAGUGUUAAAUAGUAUGUUUGAGAUAAACCUUCUUCCAUAGGUGGCUGGCAUCCAUAUGGCUACUCAACUGAGUAAAGAAGUGAUAUUUGAAAACUGCACAUCUUGAUUUAGGAGACAGACAUAUGUUCAAGUUAUACUGAAUAUUGCUUGUGAGAUUCCAAAGCCAUAACUAUUACAGCAAGCCUAGGGUAAGACAGCAGUAGUGUGAGUACUGGUAGACCAGCUGGAACUUCCUAUGACUACAGUAUAAAAGGCUGGUGAAAUUUGAGUACAGUCCAGAUUUUAAAAUCACACUUUCUCAGGGUUUUCCACAAACUAGUGGGUGUCCUGGCUGUCCCUGUAACAGCCUCUUUCUAUAGAUGGGGCCUAAAAUGAAUUGCAACUGUCUUGUGUUCCAGUGGGGCACUUUGUAUGAAAAAGGAAGUGUACUCUCAAACAUUUUUGUAGGUUCUUUGGAUAGUUGCCAAAGAAUAUGAAAGAAUUCAACAUAGGAUUUUUGGCAGUUCUUGCUUACAACAAUUAUUCAUUCAGUAAAAUAAAAUAUCCCAUUAGGGGAUCCUGAACAAUUCUGGCCUCCCAUGACUUAUUCUGAAAUAAUCAACUUAAUACUUCAUUUAUUUUUUUUAUCUGGUGAUCUCUUUGAGGCAAGUUUCAGAUUUUGGCAGUAUAACUUAAAAGAUUGGGAAAAAAAACAUUGAUAAAGUGUGGGUGGAAAACUGUUAAAAAUCUUGAGUGAAGUUAAAAAAUGUUUGGACUUGGAAUUGACUGAGAGGCCAAAGAUUUAAGGAAGCAGAAGAUUCUCAAGACACGGAGUAAAUUGCAUGAUGUGUGUUGUGUUUUGUGUGUGUGAAUGGGAAUUACUAAAUGAUGUUGAAUUCUAGGCUCUGACAAUCAUUGUCAACAGAAGAUCAAGUUGCAAAUAUUUAUGUUUUAAAUUUAAAUUAUAAAGCUAGUAAAAUCUUUCUAACAACUAGUUUUAAUGCUCAUGGGUACAUUUUGCGUAAGUUACCUUUUGCAGUAUGUAUAGAAAGAUUCACCUUGAGCGUAGAUGGAAGAUAGGGAAUCACAGAUUUUUGUGGAUUCUUUCAUACUUCUGGGGAAUGCCGAAGAAUUCAACUAAUUUCUAAUCUAGUUUUUAGGCUAGAAUGCUAAAAAAGACAAAAAUAUGCAGGAAACUAAUUGGUCUAUAAGAACAUUAUUACUGGAAAUUGAGUGGGAGUUUUGAGGCCUUUCUUCCAGAAAACAAGGACUUUUGAUGGUCAGGCCUAUAUUAGGUUCUGAACCUUAAUGCCAUGUAUUCGUACUUAUUAAAAAUUGUAUCAAUGGAAAGUAUAUUAGUAAUAUGAACUUCUAGUUCAGUUGGGAGUUCUUCCAUUUAAAAAUGUGAUAUUUGCAUGAAACUGUUUGACUCUUUGUUUUCUCAGCCCUUACCCUCCUCCCACUGAAUAGAGUUGAAACUACAAUUUUCCCUUCUUGAUAAAGGAACAAAAAAUGAACAUGUAUUUGUAAAUCGAUGCUUAGUAACUAGUGAUAAACUUGAAAUACUAGAACACAUUAUAAGCCUAAUCCUAGAUAGUCUUAUGAAAAUGUAUCUCUUUUAACUAUCUUUUGAACCUAUAUUCACAUCGGUUUUGAAGAUAUUUUAAAUUAUAUUUUUUCCUCUUUUUUUUUCCAGAGCUGCUUCUUCCUUGGGGAGCUACAUGUAUUCUUUUUUUUUUUUCUCUAAUUGCGGUGAAAUUCACAAGGAGCUAAGUGUUCUUGAUAAGGCUUCUUAUAACUGGGUGGAUGUACUGCUCUAGUCUUCCAGGAAAGGGGCCCUUUUAUUUUUUAGAGUCACUUCCAAAGUCACAUGGUCUUUGAACUUUGGGGGCUAUUUUGCUUAUAGGUGCUGAUAAAAGUCUCAACCCAAGUAGACCCCGUGGCAUGUCGCCCUGUGAAUGUUAAUGAUGGAAAGAAUACCUUGCCUGUAGUACCUUAUCAGUUCUGGACUGAAAAGUUGGGGGUGAAACUUAGUUUGGUUUUUUUUUGGUCUUUAUUAUAUAAAUCAGAAAAACUUUACAGCCAGUGUACUGAAUUUCGCUGUUGACCUCAGCAGGUGAACUGAGCUGAUAGUGUUAAUUCACAGUCCAGGAAUUACCUGAAUCUUGGUUUGUGUAGAUUUACAAUCUACAUGCAAUAUUAACAAAACCAGGUAGCUUUUACAGUUUCGUGUGUGUAUAGGUUCCUCUCAAAUUACUCCCCCUCCCCCACAUACACACUCAGUAGUUAUUGAACUUUGUAAGCUGGCAUUGAAACUAUAACGAAAUUGUAUCAUUUUUUAACUUUUACAGUGCAAUACGUGUGUUUUUCUGAAGCAAACCAAAGGUAAAUUUCUCAUGGUUCUUGCUGCCUGCUUUAGCAGCAUUUGAGGGAGGAUCUUUUAUACAUUUGUAUUUGUAAUAGAUGAAAAACCAGGUGUAAAUCCUCUUUUUUUUUUUUGAAAUCUUAAACCACGCACCAAGGUUUUGGUCCAAAUUGUGUAGGAUAAGUUGAACUUCAAUUGAAUUCUGUUAACCAUUAUGAGUGUAUUUCUGUAAACAUAGUUAUGUUGAAAUAAAGUUGGGAAAAAAAAUACAAUGAUGGCUUUGUUUAUUAUUGGUACAUAAGUAUCAAGGAAGUCAACUUAACUUUGUUGGUAUUGCAAGUGUAUCAGUGAUUCCCAAAGUUAUUUUCUUACAUAUCCUAUAAUAGGUGGAAAGGUUUUGGGUAAUAAUCCAGUGGGUGGUGCUCCAAAGCAUCCUGAUAAUGAAAGAUAAAACGCUUUCUUCAAGACAAAGGGUCUGGGGGAGAAACUGGACAAUUCAUUAAGGUUUUACAUAGUAAUUCCCUCUUAACCACAGAUCCCUUUAAAAGUAGUAAUAAUAGGCCCUUUUCAAUAGUAGAACUGAGAUUAGGAUUUAGAUUUGUAAUUAGAAAUAAAAAGGGUCAAAGGGAAGAUAGGUUGAAGUUCUUGAAAUAGUUUUUAAAUUGAGUGUUCACUGAGUGCCAGGGCACUAUUUUUUAUAGAGAACCAAAUUCUUUAUUCAUGUGUUGCAUUUGAAAUAUUGUUAGUUGACAUCCUUGGCCUGUGAUUCUUUUCCAUAGUCCUUAACCAGACAACUGCAGCCAACAACUUUUCUACCUUUCCCAGAGAUUUACCCAUUUCCAUAGUAGUCAUCAACCUUAUUUAGGUUGAUUUAGUGUUUAGCACGGAGGGCCUCUGCCAACUUGUUAUGUUCCUCACAGUUGCAAGCACGCAGAGAUGAGUUUGUUACUUGUCUUUGUCAGCUUGGCAAAUUGCACAUGCUAGACCAUCAUGAAUGAGGAUAGUCUUAAUUCAUGUAGAGCUGUAUUAACAACUAUAAUGUCCUAGCCAUGACAGUUGGUUAUGGGUGAAGCCCCAUUUUGAAUGCCCCUGAAAGAGCUAGGGCACAAGUAUGAUCUUAAGGGUUUUAUAGAGAAGUAAAUGAAACCCAGGGGAAAGAGAAACCAGAAUCUUAGGCUUUGCUUCCUCUGUUAAUGGAAAGGAAUAGGUUUCUAUAUUGUGGAGUUUAGAGUAAGUGGAGAAGGGGUUGGAGAAACCUCCCCAACUGUGUAAAGUGUCAAAGUAAAUGGAUGGUAUUCAACUGUUCAGAUGUAGCAUGUGACCUGGAAGAUAACCAGUUGCAAACCGGAAGGAAUAUUUGUGAUUUUACCUGCCUCUCCCCCCGCCCCCAAGGCUUCUCAUCAGCAACAAGGCGAAUUAAAUUUCUAAGCAUUUCUGUGGCGUGGUAGAGUCAUUGACAAGAGUUCAUUGAAAUUUUUACCUGACUGGGGUGUAUGGAAUUUAAAUAAGAUGUUAUUGAUAGUCUUAUUUGGUAUGCUAUCUUUAAUGAAUGAAAUAAUUGUUACAAGUAUCUUUCUCUAGUAUAUUCCUACCUCCUUCCCAAAAAAUCCCGUAUGAUUUUUACAUGUAUCAAACAUUUAUACUUGACCUCCUUCCUCCACUCUUUUUUCCCACUUGAAGGUUUCGUAGAUUAAUCCUAGUUUAUAGGUAGAAUUAACAGUAUCAUUAUAUGAGCUUCCUUCUAGGGUACUUUGCAGCUCUUAUCCUCAGCUCUAAGACGGGUAAGUGAAAGUGCAAAAAAUUUGCUAAUGUUAAUUAGGGAAAAUUCAAUGUUAAGGCUUUUCAAAAGAUGUUGAUGUUGACGCAUGCUACAUCAAGUGCUAUAUAUAGGUCCUGGAGUCAGACCUGGGUUUGCACUGGACUUGUCUCGCUUACUGAGUAUAAUUGGGAGAUCAUUCUAACUUUACUCAGCCUCUUUACUCAUCUCUCAAAUGGGGAUAAAUAGUACUUCCACAGAAUGGUUUUGACUAUAUUGCAUGGUUAAGUGCCUACAUGUUAGUAUUAAGACCUUUUGCACUGGGUCCAAGCCCAGUAAAUAUCCUUAAAUAUAUAAUGUGCCUCUCUAUUUGGGAAUGGUUAAGUUGUAUAACUCCUGCUUGUGCAAGUUAGCAUUUUAGUGCUGAAGUAGUAUGAGCUUUCGUAUCAGGCUAGAUUGUAAUUUUCAUGAGAGGAAGAAUGCUUUUAUGUUUGCUAUUGAAGCACCUGAAACAGUAUCUGGCCCUUAGUAGGACAAAUAAUUGUUAAUUGGCUAGCCCAAGAGUAUGUGUGUCGGGAUGGGGGGGGGGAUUCCCCUUGGCUUCUAAUGUAGUUCUACUGUAAUUUUUUAAUUCUGAUAAUCCAGAAAUCUCUAAGUUUCUAGACAAACUGGGGUGUUUUUCUCUUGGAUGAUGUGAGGAGAAUCAAGUAGCAGGAAAUAGCAAGCCUUGAAAAACAAUCUGUAAAUGAGUAUAUUACACUAGAAGGUAUAUGUCAGUUUAUCUCAUUACCGAUUAUGUUAACUUUUAUCAUUUGGUUAAGAUGUCCUUCAGGUAUUUCCCUGUGAAGUUAUUUUUUUCCUUUUAUAAAUUGUGUGUGGGGCAGGGGAAGGAUACUUUGAGACUAAAUAUCCUGUUCUCAACAUUCACCCAGUGAUUUUAGCAUCUGUUGAUUCUUGCUGGAAUCAAUUAUUACUAUUACACCUCCAUUUAAACUAGCUGGUAUUCUGUCAAGAAGAGUUUUUCCUUCUCAUGUCCUAAUUUGUAACUCGAUAUUGGUGUGGAUUCAUGGUUUUUUGUUUCAUUCGUGUGCCCCAAUUCAGCGCCCUUUCCAGCUGACUAAAUGAGAGUUAGUCUGCUAAUAUACUUAUUGUGUUUGCCAUGUUGUUUCCUAUUCAUGGCGACCCUAUGUGUGCAGAAUAGAACUGCUCCAUGAGAUUCUCAGGGCUGUGAACUUUUGGAAGUAGAUCGCCAGACUUGUCUUCUGAAGUGCCUCUGGGUAGGUUCGAACUGCUAACCUUCCAACCAGUAGUCAAGUGCUUAAUCAUUUGUGCUAUCCUGUGACCCCUGCUAAUAUACUUUUGGGCUCCUAAUUAUGACCAAAUACUUUGAAAAGUCAGAUAUAUCAAAUUUCUGCUUAAGUCAUUAACAGUACUAUAAAAUUUAUGAAAGCUUGAUGGAAUAUGUUAAGGGAUAAAUUGUAAACGAAAGUUUGCAAGUAAUCAAGAUUGUAUCACCAGAAGAGGCAAUCUUUGAGAACAAUAACCUAAUUCUUUCUGAAUGUCAGACUGCUGGUGUGCUUUUUAUUGAUUUUAGAGUAUUACAACUUUCUUUUUCUGUGUACUCUAAUUAGAUCAUCAUUCUAAAAGAUCAUAUAACAUACACAACUGCAUUCUCACAGAAAUUUAAACAAGCGAAAAUCUCUUUUGACAAACUUUGACCUUCAUUUGUUUCUUUAGAGUUAACUACUGUUAACUUACUACUUCCAUCUGUGUAUGCACAUUGAAAUGUAUAAUUUGUGUAUUUUACAUAAAUGAGAUUGUUGAUACUGUUCUGCACCUUGCAGAAGAAGUCUUUAAUUUGAGGUCUCGGUCAGUAGUUAGAGACCUACCUCGUUCUUUUUAACUAAGGCAUAGAGUGUUCUGUAGUAUGGAUGUGUCAUGGUUUAGUUACCUUGUUGUUAGGUGCUGUCCAGUUGGUUCCAACUCAUAGCAACACUACCUGCUCCUGCACUAUCCUCAGAGUCGUUGAUAUGUUUGAGCCCGUUGUUGCAGCCACUGUGUCAUUCCAUCUCGUUAAGGGCCUUCCUCUUUUUUGAUGACCCUUUACCAAGCAUGGUGUCCUUCAGAAACAGCCCCUUUCUGAUAACAUUUCCAAAAUACAUGAGACAAGGUUUUGCCAUCCUCCCUUCCAAGGAGCAUUCUGGCUGUACUUUUUCCAAGAUAGAUUUGCUCAUUCUGGUAGUCUAUGAUAUAUUCUGUAUUCUUCGAUAACACUGUAAUUCAAAUGUUGUUGUUGUUAGGUGCCAUGGAGUUGGUUCCGACUCAUAGUGACCCUGUGUACGACAGAACGGAACAGUGCCUGGUCCUGUGCCAUCUUCACAAUUGUUUUUAUGCUUAAGCCCAUUAUUGCAGCCGCUGUGUCAAUCCAUCUUACUGAGGGUCUUCCUUUUUUCCACUGACCCUCUACUUUACCAAGCAUGAUGUCCUUCUCCAGGGACAGAUCCCUUCUGAUAACAUGUCCAAAGUAUGUGAGACGUAGUCUUGCCGUCCUUGCUUCUGAGGAACAUUCUGGUUGUACUUCUUCCAAGACAGAUUUGGUCAUUCUUUUGGCAUUGAGUAUGCAUUCAAAUGCAUAUGCUUUAAUAUCUGUUAUUUACCUGAUAUUCUUCCUGCCAAAACUGGUUGACAAUUGAAGUGUUUUGAGAGUGAAGCCAUGUGAAGUGAGUGGUUGAAAGUUCCUAUACUUUUUCCAGUCUUAUAAGUUAUGUUUGUUUAUGCUUGUGUGCUUGAAAAUAGAGCUUGUUUCAUAUUUUUUCAAUGAUAACCAAGCCUUACAGUCUAUGUUGAAGUUUUUUGACUUGAAAGAUUUCUGUAUAUGGAAUGUUCAAUUUAGUGUGUUCCUGAAAACAACAAAAAAUUAUGAAAAAUAGAUGUCCAACAUCACUGUGCUAGGGGAUAGUACCUAGGCACUCAGCUAACAUUAUCAGGGCGAAUGAUUGAAUUAUUCAUAUAAUGGUAUAUUAAACAUUUACAGUUUAAUGAGGUAGGGUCCUUAUUUGAGCAUAAGCUACAACAGUAACUCGAAUUCAGCCAUGUCUGGUGGAUCGUUGUAGGGAGAACAGCAAGGAGUCUUAUUUGCAUCUUUCUGAUGGAGAUACAGUUCAUCCUAAAGAAUAAGCAGGCAUGUUUCCCCAGUGGCAAGCAUGGGUUCCUGGUAUUAGUGGAGGUGACUAGGAUGAUGGCAGUACCCAGGGAUCAGAAAGAGGCAAGGUCAGGAAUCGGUGCCACCAGCAGAACUGGAAGCACUGAGAUAGCCUCUCUGGUAGGGAUAUCAAUGAACAUGAUUAGUCCCGUGGUGAUUAGUGACAGCAGUGGAGUGGUAAGAUACCUGCAUGUGGCCUCCCUGUAAGCAGACAUGGGGAAUUUCAUCAAAGGGAGCUGAUCCUGAAGAGGAAGAGAAUGGUUGAUUCUGUGUAAGAGGAGUCGUUAGCUGCCAGCUACCAUGGAGUCAGACCCCAACCCAUGGCGACCCCACGCACAUGAUGCAAAACACUGGUCCCGUGCCAUCUCCAUGAUCAGCUGUGGUUUGGACUGUUGGGAUCCAUAGGGUUUUCUUUUUCCUUUUUAAACUUUUUUUAUUGUUGCAGAGAAUAUACCCAGUAAAACAUAACAAUUCAACAGUUUCUACAUGUACAGUUCAGUGACACUGAUUACAUUCUUCAAGUUUUACAACCACUUUCACCCUCGUUUUCUGAGUUUUUCCUCGUUAACAUAAACGCACUGCCCCAAGCUUCUAGUUAAUCUUUAGAGUUGCUUUUGUCUGUUUGAUCCCAUAUAGAUAGAUCUUAGUUAAGCUAAACCAUUGUUUGGUUUUAAGAAGACUUCAGGAGAUAUUUUUGGUUUAAAGUUUAAAGAUUAUUUCAGGGCAAUAGUUUUGGGGAUUCAUUUAGCUUCCCAUGACUCCAGAAAGUCUGAUUUCCAUGAGAAUUUGAAAUUCUGUUCUGCAUUUUCCCCCUUUUGUGAUCUGUAGGGUUUUCAUUGGCUGAUUUUUGGAAGUAGGUCAGCAGGCCUUUCUGCCUAGUAUGUCUUAGUCUGGAAGCUCUGCUGAAACCUGUUCAGCAUCAUAGCAACACGCAAGCCCCCACUGACAAGAGAGGGUGGUGUCUGUGCAUGAGGUAUGUAGGCCAGGAAUUGAACUCAGGCCUCUUGUAUAGAAGGCAUGUAAGAGUAGAGUAGGAAGGCCGUAUUCAUGAUCCUAUGUGAGCCUUCUCCAGGGACACUCAGAAAUAAUUGGGGGACAUUUUGCAUGGGACUAGACAUCCUGUAUUAAAACCCCAAAAAAGGACUAGACAUCCUGCAUUAGCAGCUAGUAAUCCUUUUUAGGUGUCAAGCUAAGCACAAGACAUUAACUCAUUGAGCUGCUCUCAAUAUCCCUGAGAAGUAGGUUGUUAUUUUCACCUACUUUCCUCAGAACUUAACUUGCCUGAGGUCACACAGGUAGUAAGUGGCAGGUGUGUGUUACCCUGCCUUUUCUGAUUAAGUGAAGGAUAUUAAAUCAUGUGGGGAAAUGGAUGCUAUAAUAUAUAAAAGGAGGAAAUAGGAGUGGUGGUCAAAUCUACUAAAUGUUCUAAGCCUAAUCUGAGUGUUCUAAAUUUACAAGAAUAUUAAUGUGUUCUUUAAUUAUAUUAACAUGGUAAAGAGAGGACACUUAUUUUAAUGGGCCGUACGGGCUUCCCUCUAUCAUGGCAACCCUACGUAUGCAGAGUAGAACUGUUCCAUAGGGUUUUCAAAGCUGUGACUUUUGGAAGCAGAUUGCCAGGCCUACCUUCUGAGGUGACUCUGGGUGGGUUCGAACCCUUUUGGCUAGUAGUCAAGCACUUAACCAUUUGUGCCAUGCAGAGACCCUUAUUAUAAUGUCAAACCAGUUUAUGGUUACCAAAGACCACGAGAAGUUUACCAACAGUGGUCAGAUUAAUUCACCUGGAGAAAAAAAGUAGGGUAAAACAGAUCUGGGACAGCAUAAGCUAGCUGCGCCCCCCCCCACCCCCAUUUCGGGCCAAAAGAUUCUCAUCAAGAGAAAGAUGGAACUUUGAAUAAAAAAGUUUUAAAUUUUGGUGCAAAUAUAUACAACAAAACAUUGAUUAAUUCAACAGUUUACAGGCACCAUGCAAUGGUAUUGAUUACACUCUCCAUGUGCAUAAGCCUUAUCCUAUCUUUUUCCAAAUCUACUGCUAUUAUAAACUCAAUGCCUCCCCCCAGGCAAAAUUUUCCUCUCCCUCUCACGCAACUUGGCAUUUUUAGAAAAACCAUUUCUAAUAAUUUAAAAUAAGUUCUGGAUUUAUUUGAAUAAGUCCUUGGUUCUUGGGCCUUGGUGAACCUGCUGUAUGGUAAGUCUUGACAUUUGUCCCAUCUGAUCCACUUACUAGAAUAUCACUUCAGCUACAGUUUCAGUUGCAUGCAUCCCAGAAUUAAUAGGGAGUGAUGAAAAUGGACUAUAACAGGUUAUCCACUCUGGACAGCUGCCAGGAGAUAGGCAGUGGAGAGAACAACAAAUAUCCCCAAAAUGGGUUCUCAUCUACUUGCUUGCUGUUCACUGGACACCAUGUGAUUAUAUUUUGCUUAAUUGAAAAAAAUUUUUUUUAAUGUAUUUUUUUAUAGCUUUAAUGUAUGUCUGUGCUGUCUUCCCACAGGUUUCAUUUCUCCUUGACUAACCAUAGCAGCAAUAGCACUGAUAGCAGUAAUAGUAAUGGCAAUAAUAAGCAUUUUCUUUCUUCCUGUACCUUUUUGAUGUAUCCCCACUCCCAGCACCACUCAUAUAUGUGUACACACACCUCUAAACCUUGUAUUGAUAAUGGGUAAAGUUCUGUCUCUGGUUAGCAGAUGGCUCACUGGCAGGCAGCCCCAAGGUCAGCCCACCCCACGCAGAUAAAGUCAGAGGGUGUAGAGUUAUUUCAGGGCCUUGUCCUCUCAAGACAGUGAAUCCAGAGGAAAGCGCCCUUCUGGAGAUCCCCUGGGCUGUGCUUAUAUACAUGGGUGUGUUGACCAAUUCACAUCAAUUGUCAAUUUUGUUCUCCUGUUCCAUUUUUGUUCUGACGUCAGCUGCAUAUACACUUUUUCCUCUGACCCUAACCACACAGAGCUAGGUCAGACCUUACUGUUAAAGGUCACGGUCCUCCAGAUUGCCAAGUCUACCCAAGACUUUGGACACCAGCCAUAAGCUUGUAAGUCCCCAUGACACCCUCAUUUCUGACCUGUUGGCUACAAAUUCAGGAUUUUUCCACUACGCCUUCAGGAUGACACCUGUGAGCUCGGGGGCCCCCGAGUGCUCCCUUCACUUCUGACCUGGUGGCUGUGAAUUUGGGGGUUCCUUCUAACCUCUCAGGAUGCCAGCAUAAGCUUGAGCCCUGCAAGCACUCCCCCUCACUUCUGACCUGCUGACUUCCACUACUCCCUUGGGUUGACUAGAAUGACUCACAGAACUCAUGGAAAGUGCUAUAUUUAUGUUAGUUUUACUAUAGCAAAAGUAAUACAAAUGAGUUUCCUUGGGGGUGUGGCUUGCAUCCAAUAUAUAUGGAUGUUUUGGCAAAGCUCAUUCUCUUUCUUGAUCUGACUCGUCAUCCUCUGACCUUGGUUCUUGGGAUGUAAGCCAUCUGACCUACUGAUUUUGGUUUGUCAGCCCCUGUAAACAUAUGAGUCAGGAGAAGGCUCCACCUGACGCUUGACCCACAGAUUUGGGACUUGCCAGUCUCCACAACUGCAUGAGCCAUUUUCUUGAAAUAAAUCUAUAUAUUUACAUGAAUAUAUUUCACUGGUUUUGCUUCUCUAGAGAACCCAGCCUAAGACAGGCAUGAUUGACUCAUCACCCCCCACCCCCCAAUAUCAUGAAGUGGGCCUUUCCAGCCUGGCCAACCCUGACCUGAGUCACUUUAUUAGCAUAACCUGUUAGGUAAGAUGUGGUCUCGAGCCCUCAUCAAAGACACUUCAAUCACCAGGGAAAUUCCAAGAUUUUAGAGGUUAUUGCCCAGGAACCAAGGAUAAAGAACAAAUUUGUUAGGUAAAGUUAACCCCACACUCAGAAAUGUGCUUUACAGUAGAGUCUGGAUAUGCCCUGAGACCUUUGUAGUUCCCUGAUCCCAAAUCUUAGCAGAUCAUCUGAUCACUUUCAUUGUUAGUUGCCCUCUUAAAACAACAACAAAAAAACCCCAUUGCUGUCGAGUCUAUUCCUACUUAUAGGGGCCCUAUAGGGGACAGUAGAACUGCCCCAUAUGGUUUCCAAGGAGCCAUAUAGGUGCUCCAAAUCAUGUACAGGUUAUCCAGUCUAGACAGCUGUCUUCUAUGUGACGUUAUGUAUAACAGAACAAAAUAUUGCCUGGUUGUCUUAGUCGUCUAGUGCUGCUAUAACAAAUACCACAAGUGGAUGGCUUUAAAAUACAAAUUUAUUUUCUCACAGUUUAGGAGGCUAUAAGUCCAAAUUCAGAGCGCCGGCUCUUGGGGAAUGCUUUCUCUCUCUGUUGCCUCUGGAGGAAGGUCCUUGUCUAUUUAGCUCCCUCUCCCUGGUUGCUUGGAAAUUCCCAUGUGUCGUGGCAUCUAUCUUACCCCAUCUCUUUCAACUCGUAUUUUACUAUAAGUAGCAAGGAAAAACCACAAGCCCCCUUUAAGAUCUUGCUUAGAAAUCUCAUCCACCAUAUAUCCAAGUUGAUCACUUACAAGUUCUACCUUCUACCAAACAUUUGAACAUAAUUCAAACAAGUUUUCUGCCACUGCAUAAAAAGCAUUGCCCUUCCUUUGUUGUCCAGUCACAGGUUCAUCAUUUUGUUUUAAAGCCUCACCAGGAAGAAGCACAUUUAAUGUCUACAUUUCUAGCCACAUUCCCUUGCUGGCGCCGCAUGUAUUCUCUAAGACAAUAGAGUCGCUAUAGCUCCUCACUUCAUUCUGAGCCCUCACCAGAAUUGCCUUUGACGACCAUGAUUCUACCAACCGGCUCUUCAAGACUUUUACUAUUAGGUACCUUAAAAGUUUUUUAGCCUCUACCCAUUACCCAAUUCGAAAACUACUUCCACAUUUUAGGUAUCUGUUAUAGCAGCACCCCCACUUCUUGGUGCCAAAUUCUGUCUUAGAUGUCUAGUGCUGCUAUAAUAGAAAUACCACAAGUGGAUGGCUUUAACAAACGGAAAUUUAAAUUUUAGGAGGCUAGAAGUUCAAAUUCAUAGUGGCUGCUCUAGGGGAAGGCUUUCUGUCUAUGUUGGCUCCAGAGGAAGGUCCUUGUCUCUUUAUCUUUUGCCUCAUGGUUCCUUGGAGAUCUCCAUGUGUUUUGGCAUCUAUCUUACCCCAUCUCUGCUUCUUUGGCUUGCUUGUUUAAUCUCUUUUAUAUCUCAAAAGAGAUUGACUUAAGACCCACUCUACACUAAUCCUGUCUCAAUAACCUUAUAAAGACAGCCCAUUCCCAAAUGGGGUUAUAACCACAGGCAUAGAGGUUAGUAUUUACAAUGCAUAAUUUUGGGGGACACAAUUCAAUCUGUAACACCGGUCAUGUGCUGUCUUCAUGAUUGUUGGUAUUUUUGAGUCGUUUCAGUCAGUACAUCAAUCCAUCUCACCAAGGGCUUCCCUUGCCUUUGCCCAAUUCUCCACUUUACCAACCAUGAUGUCCUUUUCUAGAAAUUAGUCUUUCUUGAUGAUGUGUCCAAAGUAAAUGACCCAAAGUUUUGCCAUCCUCACUUCUAAGGAGAAUUUUGGUUGUAUUUCUUCUAAGAAUGAGUUGUUCAUUCUUUUGGCAGUCUACUGUAUGUUCAGUAUUCUUCACCAACAUUACAGUUUGAAUGCAUCAGUUCUUCUGCUUUCCUUUUUCAUUGACCAACUUUCACAUGCGUAUGUGGUGAUAGAAAAGACCACGGCUUGAGUCAGAUGCACCUUAGUCAUCAAGUGACAUCUUUGCUUUUUAAAACUUUGAAGAGGUCUUGAAUCAGAUUUGCCCAAUAUAAUGUGUUAUUUGAUUUCUUGACUGCUGCUUCCAUGGACAUAGUUGCUCCAAAUAGAAUGAAAUCACUGACAACUUUAAUUUCUUCACUAUUUAUCAUAAUGUUGUUUAUGGGCCUAGUCGUGAGGAUUUUUGUUUUUUUCACACUCAGGUAUAGUCCAUACUGAAGGCUGUAGUCUUUGACUUUAAUCACCACGUGCUUCAUGUCAUCUUCAUUUUUGGCAAGCAAGGUUGUGUGAUCUGCACACCGUGGGUUGUUAAUGAGUGUUCCUCCAAUCCUGAUGCCAUGCUCUUUUUCAUAUAGUUCAGCUUCUUGGAUUAUUGGUUCAAUAUACAGAUUGAAAAGUAUGGAACCCUGCUGCAUACCUUUUUCAAUUCAGAAACACGCAUUUUCCCCUUGCUCUUUUUGAAUGACUGUCUCUUGGUUCAUGUACAGGUUCUACAUGAGCAUGGUUAAACUUUCUGGAAUUCCCAUCCCUUCCUAAUGUUAUCCAUAAUUUGCUAUGAUCCACUCAGUCAAAUGCCUUCAUGUACUUGAUAAAACACAGGUAAACAUCUUCCUGGAGUUCUCUGCUUUCAGCCUCAGCCAAGAUCCAUCUGACAUCAGUGAUAUCUCUCAUUUUAUGUCCUCUUUUGAAUCUGGCUUCAACUUCUGGCAAUUCCCUGUUGAUGUAUAGCUACAGUCAUUUUUGAAUUAUGUUCAGCAAAAUUUUGCUAGCAUGUGAUUUUAAUGAUAUUGUUCUAUAAUUUCUGCAGUGCGUUUGAUCACAUUUUUUUUGAAAUGGACACAGAUACGGAUCUCUUCCAGUCAGCUGACCAGGUAGCUGUUUUCUAAAUUUCUUGAUGCUUCCAGUGUUGUAUUCGUUUGUUGAAGCAUCUCAAUUGGUAUUCUGUGAAUUCCUGGAGCCUUGUUAUUUCACCAGUGCUUCCAAUGCAGCUUGAACUUAUUCCUUCAGUACCAGUGGUUCUUGAUCAUAUGCUACCUCAUGAAACGGUUGAAUGCCUACCAGUUCUUUUAAGUACAGUGAAUCGGUAUAUCCCAUCUUCUUUUGAUGCUUCCUGUGUCAUUCAAUUUAUUCUUCAUAGAAUCCUGCAGUAAUUCAACUGAAGGCUUGAAUUUUCUAUUCAGUUCUUUUAGCUUGGGAAAUGCUGAUCACUUUCUUCCUUUUUGGUUUCCUAACUCCAGCUCUUUGUGCAUUUCAUCAUAAUACUUUACCUUGUCUUCUUGAGCUGCCAUUUACAAUCUCAUCUUCAGCUCUUUUACUUCACUUCUUCUGUUUACUUUAGCUACACUGUGCUCAAGAGGAAGUUUCAUUGUCUCUUCUGACAUUCAUUUUGGUUUUUUCCUUCUUGCUUGUAUUUUUAAUGGCCUAUCACUUUCUUUUUUUAAAAUAAUUUAUUUUUGUUGUUGAGAAUAUACACAACAGAACAUAUGCCAAUUCGACAGUUUCUAUAUGUAGAAUUCAGGGAUAUUGAUUACAUUCUUUGAGUUGUGCAACUAUUCUCUCCCUCGUUUUCUGAGUUUUUCCUCCCUCAUUAACAUAAACUUACUGCUCCCUAAGUUUCCUAUCUAAUCUUUCAAGUUGCUGUUUUCAUUUUGAUUCCAUAUACAUAAAUCUUAAAGGAGCUUAAUGCUCAAGGCAGACAUUCUUUACUAAGUUAAGCUAAACUAUUGUUUGGUUUUGAGAAGGCUUCAGGGGAUAUUUUUGGUUUAAGGAUUAAAGAUUAUCUCAGGGCAACAGUUUCAGGGGUUACCUAGCAUCCAUGGCUCUAAAUGGUCUGGAGUCCAUGAGAAUUUGUAAUUCUGCUCUGUAGUUUUCCCCUUUUGAUCAGGAUUCUUCUAUAGAAUCUUUGAUCAAAACAUUCAGUAAUGGUAGCUGGGCACCAUCCAGUUCUUCUGGUCUCGUGGCAGAGGGGACAGUUAUUCAUGGAGUCACGUAGCCUUACAUUCCACUUCCUUCUCCUAUUCCUGACUCUCCUUCUUUCUCUUGUCCAGGCAAAUAGAGACCAAUUAUUGUAUCUUGAAUGACCACUUGUAAGCUUUUAAGACCCCAAGCACUAUACAAUGAACUAGAAGGUGGAAGAAAAAUACUAAACAAGAUACUAGGCCAGUUAACUGGGAUGUCCCAUGAAACCAUGACUCUAAACCUCCCAACCAAGGAACCAAAUCCUAAGAGGUGUUUGGUUGUAUAUAAGGAGCCUCAGCAGCCACUCUGUGUGUGUGUAUCAGUGUGUGUGAUUGUUGUAAAUAUGUCUGUCACACAACUUUUGUUGAUUCAAAUUUUUACAAGUGUACAACUUCCUUUCAUUUUCUUCAUGUAUGAUAUAUUCUUGAUGUCUUCCCAUAACUCUUCUUGUCUUUGUCAUUAGUAUUUAGCACAUCAAAUCUAUUCUUGAGAUCUUUAAAUUCAGUUGCAAUUUUCAAGGUUAUACUUUGGCACUUGUGUACUUGCUUUCAUUAGCUGUGUUAAUCAAAUGGCUUCUUCAAACUGUUAACAAUUCUGUAAGUAUACGGUGAAACUAAUUCAUAAAGCUUUUACAUAUCUUUAGCUUUCUGUCUUUUUACCUAAUUCUUUUUUCCUUUAUGAUUUCCCUUUUGCACUAAGUGGUGGGAACAGUUGUUCAAAUUCUUUUUUUUUUGUUGUUUCAACCAUUUUAACCUGUGCCCUCUUUUGAUGAACAUAAUCCCAUUGUACUCCCACCACCCUCCAAGUUUGUGACACAUUAGGUGGUAGGCCUCCCUCUCCCGUUAAGACUAUUGAAUAGGAGUUAAAGAUGAUUUUUUAAAAAUAUUUUGUUUUAGAUGAAAGCUUACACAGCAAACUAGGUUCUUAUUUAACAAUUUUUAUACACCUUUACAUGCAUGUACAUGUACUUUCGUAUGCUUUCCUAUAUACAUAUUAUUUACCUAUGUAACCACAGACAUAUUUUUUGGUUGUUAUCGUUGUUGCAAAAUUGUAUAUGUGUAGCAUUUACUGAAAUUGUCCCUUUUUCUUGUGUACUUCUUAGUGUCUUUAUUUACCCUUGGUGAAGGUGUGUAAGAAUUCAUCCGUAUUUAGUAUUGCCUUUCCCAUGGCCAACAAUAACAAGUGUCUACUAUGUAGAAAAUAAUGCCCCCUCCCUCACCUCCCAUGCCUGGUAAUUUCAAAGAACAUUGCUUUGUGUAUAUCUAUUCUUGACUUUUUAAAUAGUGAGACCAUACAAUAUUUGGUUUUUUUGUGAUUGACUUAUUUCAUUCUGCAUAAUGUCCUUAAGAUUCAUCCAUGUUGUUUCUUUAUAGUUGUGUAAUAUUCCAUUGUAUGUAUGUACCACAGUUUGUUUAUCCAUUCAUCCAUUGAUGGACACUUAGGUCGUUUCCACCUUUUUGCUAUUGUGAAUAAUGCCUCAAUGAACAUAGGUGUGCAUAUGUCUAUUUGUUUCACUGCUCUUAUAUCUCUUGGAUAUAUUCCUAGGAGUGGGACUGUUGGAUCAUAAGGUAUUUCUAUUUCUAGCUUUUUGAGGAAGCACUGUACUGUUUUCCAUGGUGAUCUUACCAUUAUACAAUCCCACCAGCAGGAAGAGUAUGUAUAAAAUUGAAGUUGGUAUUUAAAUAUCCCAAGCGUUAGUGAAAAAGGUUCCUGGGUGGCACAACGCAGUUUGUGAUCAGCUGCUAACCUAAAAGUUGGUUGUUCAAACCCACCCAGUAUACCAUGGAAGAAAGACCUGGUGAUCUGCUUCUGUAAAGAUUAUAGCAAAGAAAACUCAAUGGAGCAGUUCUACCCUAUUACACGUGGCGUCCCCAGGAGUCAGAAUUGACUCAACAGCAGUGCACUUGGUUUUUGUUCUUUUUGGUUGUUGAGUGUUAGUGGCUUAAAAUUGAAAGAUUUUAUUAUUCUUUGAUGGGAUUUAAGGGACCUAGGAAUGCCCAAAUUUUGCCCUGCCAAUAACAGUAACUCAUGGGUUCCUGUGGGGAGCUAUAGCAGGCUAGAAAAUUAAAUUUAUCCUUUAUCAAAUCUCUAGAAACACCAGCAUGAAAUUCUAGUAAAACACUGAGUUGAAGACUGGAUUACGAGUAAGUAAAAAACCAAACCUGUUGCUGUUCAGUCAAUUCUGACUCAGUGACCCUAGAGGACAGAGUAGAACUGCCAUCCAAAGAGUGGCUGGCGGAUUUGAACUGCUGAGCUUUUGGUUAGCAGCCAAGCUCUUAACCACUGAGCCAGUAGGUCCCCCUAUAUGAUUUACCCCUUUCCUGCCCUCUUAAGUCAGCCUGGGCUCAGUGUGCUCUGGCAUGACUGGGAGUGGGUGGGGGAAGGCAAGGAAAGAGAUUGAGAAAUACUGGUAGAUGGCCAAUGCUAAAAGAAGGGCUCUGAAAUCACUUCCAACCCCACGUCACCUCAUCCUUCUCCCUGAUUGUGGAGCCAGGAGGAGAAAGGAAGAGCUCAUAGGGCUCUAGGGCCCUCAGCUUGGAUUCUACCUCAAGCCUCCAUCCUUUCUUUCUUCUUGGAGACUAAUAGAAUACUGGUAGUCCCCAACUUAUGACGGGGUCCUGUUCUGAUAUAAGCCAGCUCUGAUGUAAAUCAAAUACCUCAUUUUUUCCCCAUUAUUAUUGACUUUUAGUAUCAGUAUCUUUAUAAAUUUGAUCUUUGUCUUUGGGGGUAAAACAUUACAUAUAAACUUACAGAUAUGUUUUAACAUUUUAUGGAGGACAUAUUACUAAUGAAAGAUGUACCAAAAAAAAGGUAUGGUUCAUCAUAACUCGAAUAUGUGCUAGGUUGGGGACUACCUGUACUGUUUUGAGAUAUGAAGUUCCCUCAUUUCUGUGUUCUUAUUACCUUCCCUGUGAUAGAGACUUCCAAGAUAGCUGACUUCCUGAGAGAGCUUUCUGUUACUGUAGGUGCUGCCUCAUGGAGGACAGGGUUGGGGCAGUGAAAACUUAGAUUUGAAUCUGAAUGGAAUUAAUUUUUUUUUUCAAUUCAGCAAAGGAAUACAUGCACACACUUAAAAACAGAAAAUAUUCCUGAAGGAUUUAUGAUGAAAUUGACAGUCAAUAACCCCCAUCCUCCCUUUUUCCAGUCAGAUAGCUGCUUUAUGUAUCGGACUCCUGAGGUAAAUUUAAAUUAGAAUCAAAUUUCUUAUUUGGUAGGUUUACAUUGGAUUUACUUUAUAUAGAUCAUUGGAAUGGACUUGACGGCAAUUAACAACAACAAAGGUUGUUGGAAGAGAUAGCAUGUUAUGCUGCAUUUUCCUCAAGGUGAUCAAAGCAAUGAAGCCUUGUAGUGAAUUUAAAUGGCCACAAAUUAUUUGCAGUCCUUCGUGUCAAGAGUUGCUGUCUAUCUCUUUACCCCAUGAAUCUAUGUUGCCAUUGUGACUUGCUUUGACCAGCAGAAUGCUAGAGAAGUGACAUGGUUUGACUGCUGAGUCUCGGCCCCCAGGGGCAUUGCAGCUUCCAGCUUCGUGCUAUAUUUUUCAGAAUACUUUUAUGAAUAAACCUGAAUUGAGGAUAAUACCCUAGGUGGAGAGAGCAAUCACAUGGAGAGAGGCCCAGCUUUCCCGGCCCUUAUAACCAUCCCAACUGAGGCUCCUGACAUGGAGUGAAGUUGGUCUGCCUGUCAACUGUCCGCACAAGCACGUACCCAUAGAACAGAAGAACUACUGAGCAGAGCCCAGACUAAAUUGCCAAUCCCAAGAAUUGCGAGCAAAUUAAUGCUUGCUUAAAGUCACUAAGUUUUGGGGUUGUUACUCUGCAACAGAUUCACAAAUCAAAUCAUGUCCUCAAAUUUAAUCAAUAAAAAAUAAGCAUUUCCAAUUAACAAAUGAGCAAUUGUACCUAGGAGAGACACCCAUGAUGAAUGGGGCAGGUUGGUGGGUAAAUGAGACCGUUUAUGCAUUGUUCUCCUUUGUUGAACAGUCUCUUGUCCAUGUUCCCAUGUUGAAAAAUUUCAACACAUUUCUCAGAAUUAGAUUUGCAUAAUAGCAUAUUUAUCCAGUGGAAAAAGACAUUUUCUUUAGCUAGUGUUUCAAUAAAAUGCCUUUUUAUCUGACAUUUAAAUAAAAGCAGUCUGCAUUUCUCUGAUUUGCCUUCCUUUUGAGUAUUUAACCAUAGAGAUUAAAGUCAAAGACAAGAAAAAAAUAACUUUUGUUAAGCCAGAUGUUAAAUGCUGAGAAAGAAUGAUGAUAAUAGAAAGCUCUUAAUUGGUGAGGCUAAUUGCCACUGUGAACAAGUGCCUCCUUUGCCAUGAGUUAAGAAGAACUGCAUGGUGCCCAGAUACCAUUUCUGAAUAUUUUGAUCAAAGAUUCUACAAACCCUGAUUAAAAGGAGGAAAAUGCUGAACAGAUUUUCAAAUUCUCAUGAACUGUAGACUUUCUGGAGCCAUGGGGGCUGGAUGAACCCCUCCCUGAAACUAUUGCCCUGAGAUAGUCUUUAAAACUUAAACCAAAAAUAUCCCCUGAUAUUAAAACCAUAGUUUAGCUUAACCUUUGGGAACAGCAAGUUUAUGUUAAUGAGGGGGGAAUAAGCUAGAAAAGGAGGGUGAGAAUGGUUGCACAACUCAAAGAAUGUAAUCAAUGUUACCAAAUUAUAUUUGUAGAAACGGCUAAAUUGGUGUAUGUUUUGCUGUGUAUAUUCUCAACAACAGCAAAAUAAAAUUAAAAAAAGAAAAAGCUUUUAGACAACCUAAAACCCCUUUUUUUGGAAAGUCAAGAUGUAACAAGGAACAGGAAAUAGUAUGAGUGCUACACAAAUAGAAAAGGCAGGUCCAUUUAAACAAGUUCAGGAUCAAAAUAAAAAUUUGGUCUUUGAAGCUAUUUGAUUUGUGAAUAAAAAUAGUGACCACUAAUUAUUGUAAUUCUCACUAGUAGGGCUAGAAUUAAUAAUUACAACCUCUUUUUUCAUGAUGGUUUAGUGGUGUAAUUCUUUGGAUGUUUGCAUUCCAAAUUUCUUGUGUAUUUAAUUUACUAUUUUCUUAAUCAGAAUUGUGGGUCAGGAUCUCCACGCAUGCUGUGAUCUGUCCGUGGUACUUGGCAAGCUCACUAACGAUAUGAAGUUUCCCAGCCGGCCCUGAAAGUACAGUCAAUUUAAAGUUAUCUGAGGUGGUAAAACGGCAUGGAGAUCACACUCGUACCCGUUUAGAUCUGCACAGCACAUCAGAUAUUUAUAGACUGAAAAUACUUAGGGUUUAACUGUAUAUGGUAAGAUUCAAAGAAAGCCAAAAAGAAUUAAGGGACAGUUAUAGAGUUUCCAAGGAAAUUGUGUGUCAUUAUCUUUUUUUUUUUCUUAUUUUGUUGUUGAGAAUAUACAUAGCAAAGCAUACACCAACUCAACCAUUUCUACAUACACAAUUCAGUGACAUAGAUUACAUUCUUUGAGUUGUGCAACCAUUCUCACCCUCCCUUUUCCAGUUGUUCCACCUCCAUUAACAUAAAUUCACUGCCCCCUAAGGUUCCUAUCUAAUCUUUUGAGCUGCAGUUGUCACUUUGAUCCCAUAUAAAUAAUUCUUAAAAGAGCACAAAACUCAAGGCAAUGGGUCAUUACCUUUGAAGGCCUUCAACGUUUCCUUUCUUCUCUGAGAUGGUUAGCUUCCUUUCUAAGGUUGAAUAGUUCUUGUCUUUAGACUUGUGAUGAGUUCUUGUACAUAAAGCAGUAUGAUGUAGUGAUUAAAAACACAAAUAUUGAUGGAACCAUUCUAUAUCCUGAUUAUGGUGAUGGCUAAAUGAAAUUAUUCAUGUAUUAAAAUCCAUAGAAAUCCCUCCCUCCUUCCCCACCCCCCAAAAAACUAAACCUAACUCACUACCAUUGAGUCAAUUUCGACUCAUAGCGACCCAUGACUCAGGGACAGAAUAGGGUUUCCAAAGCUGUAAAUCUUUAUGGAAGUCAACUGCCAUAACUUUGUCCCACAGAGUGGCUGGUAGGUUCAAACCACCAGCCUUUUGGUUAGCAGCCCAGCUCUUUAACCACUGUGCCAUCAGAGCUCCUUCCAUAGAACUGUACAUCAAGAGGAAAAAAAAAAUCAAUUUAACUGUAUAAUUAAAAAAAAGUCAUAGUGUGGAGCUAGAUUGGUUGUGUUUGAAUCACAGCUCUAUCACUUAAUUGUGUGACCCUGGGUAAGUUAGUUUUACCUCAGUUUUCUUAUCUAGGAAACACUAAAUAAAUUACACCCAAUGUAGGGGGUAAUAGCACCUACAGCAUGAGGUUGUUAUAAGGAUUGAGUUAAUAUAUAUAAAGCACUUAAAACAGUGCCUGGACCAUGUGCUACAUAAGGGGUAGCUACUAUGAUUAUUAUAAGAAUUAUAUAAGAAUAUAAAAGAAUAAAAAGAAGGUAUAUGGGCUAUGUUAUGAUUAUAGUAACUAUAAGUAGUCUGAAAUACAACUUCCUGAAUGCAAAGUGCUGUCUUUAUGCAGGGAAGGAAGAAACUCUAGAAUAAGUGUAAAUGCUACUACACAGAAUUUAAGUCUCCUCUUUUGCUAUUUUCCAGGGAAGGCAAAAACCAGCUAGCCACACAGACAAAAACCCCUCACUCUCCUAAUUCAUUCAUGCAUUAAAUGCCUACUAUUUUCCAAUGACUUAAUGAAAAGUCAGGAAGAAUCUUGGCAAUCUUUUGCUUUCAAAAUCACCUGACACGUGAUUCACUUAUUUUUUUUUUUUGUGGUCUUAUUUUUCUCAGAUUUACUGACAAUGUCUGUGAUUAAGUAUCUACCUAUUACUCCAUCUUCCAAUGAGAAUAUCAAUACCAAAUAAACUCUUCUUCUAGCUGGACUAUCCAGAAGGGAAAUUCUGAGAAUUACUUGGGAAGUAAAAUGCUGCUUUUGAAAAACAGGAACCUGGAGAUCUAAGCAGUGGGUGUUUUGAGGAUGAUGUAGAUAUACUUUGGAGUAUUCAGGUCAUGAAACCCGGGGAGCUAUUCUCUACAUGAGAGAAUAAAGAUGCCCUUUGACAUGAAGGGAGAAGGUGAGGCAUCAUUCCGACAUGGUGUUAAAAUAGUAAUCCUGAACCAUUCCCCACCCCCACAGGGCAUUACACCAUGGAGAGACAUUAAGAGUGGGCAGAGGUACUAUUUAUUGGAUUCACAUGAAUUUGAAGCCUUGCUUUUCAUGUUUAAACAUUACUCUUUGACAGUUGAGAGAAAACAAUCCCCCUGGGAGGAGGAAAGCAGCCAAGAGAAAAUGGAACAGUCGGAGAAAGAAUGGAAAUGAUUCUAUUGCUCCACGACGCAGAGCCAAGUGGGAGGGAGGCCAGGGUAAAUGAUCAGAGGCUGUCUCCGAAACAGCCUGCCGCAGCUUGAGCACUGGGGGCCUGCUCGGUGAAGCAGUACACAGCUCUGCUGUGGCUGCCACAGCUGGGGCUCCAAGUUAGUCAUCUGCAGAAACGAGGCUUGAUCUCCAUUUUGCAGGAAGUGUCCUAAUGACCAAGAAACACAAGCACACAGGACGGCAUCUGCCUUCCACUUCUCCUCGGUUGUCACGGGAAGUGAGUGUCGCAAGUAACAUACACGAAGUUAAACACUGGGAAACUACCAGUAAAGCCCUGGAGAUUCGUAGGGCUUGGCAUUUAUGGUGCUUAAAAAUACAAAGUACAUUACAACUUCAGUCUGUUUCAGUAACUUUGAAGAGGAUGCUGUUACUCUAGCUUUAUCAGAGGUAGAAAAGCAGAGAUUACUUCUAAGUGCAAAUUUUUAAAAACACAACUUUCAGCCUGUUGUAUCAUAGGAGUCAUAAAGCCUUUGAUGGCACGUUUCACUUCCUUUGACUGUCUUUAAUACUAGAGAGGUGUGACAUGCUUAACACCGCAAAGGCUGCAGAGCUUGGUAAACAAUCUAGUAUAAACUUGCUCAGUUGCUUUCAAAACAACCUCUAUUCCGUGGAAGUGAGGGGGAUGUCCUGACAUUUUGCCAUUAAAGGGCCCACUACCUCCAGAACCUCACCAUAGUGUAAAUGAUUACUGAUUCCAGGGAGGUCUCCAUACUCAGAUUAAUGGAUUAAGAGAUAUCAACAAACUGGCUAAUGCUCAAAAACCAAAACUGUUGUUAACAGAAUUUUCUUAAAAUCCACGGUGGAGCACAGAAUAGUCCAGCAGUAACCCUGGGCUAUAUUAGUUUGGAAGAACAUGGAGUAAGUUAAUACCAGGUCAUAGCAAAGGCCCUCAACUAAGUCUAGGCACAGGGUGUCUUUUCUGAGUUAUUGUAACCACCCUUCCCUGGCUUGCUUUCCUGCCUGUUUUUAGUCAGAAUUAUAAACGAAUAGAACUGGGAACCCUUCAACGUGAACUAGUUUCAUAGGUGAGAAAAUUAAGACCCAAAGAGAUUAAUAUAACUAAAGAAACUUAAACUUAGCAAAUUGAACUAUUCAAAACUCCUAGAAAGGUACCUUGGAACAUUUUUAGGUAGAGUCCAACUUUAUGAAACAAAACUGUUGAAUUUUAGAGGUAAACGAGACCUAAGAAUAUGAUCUAUGGACAUUUAAAAAUAGAAUCUUUGCUAGUCAAGAGGCCUAAAAGCCUGGAGAGAAGAAGGAAUGUUCUGCUUUCUAAAAUACCCAAGUUGUCAGGGUAAUAACCAUGUUAGUUUUGAGGUUCUGUAUUUCUCUAAAAAUGCCAAAUAUACCAUAUUUUCUUCAUUCUAUGUAUAGAUUCAGGUAUUAGCUCUAAAUUAGGAACUCUUGUUCUCAACAGAAGAUAGAAAUAUAAUGGCCAUACAAAUGAGUGGUAUUUUGUUCUCUACAAAAUGAAACAAGCAAAAUAACUAGAAAUCAACUUCCAAUCAGGUUUCUCAAUUUGGGAAGCCACCAUCCUCUAGAAGUACACUGGGAAAUAUUGAGGGUUCUUUUUGGGUGUCACAAUGACUGGUGGGGGGGAGGGGAGAGGCAGUUGCUACAGGAAAUCAGUGUCUGGGGACCUGGGAUGCCAGGCACAAAGUUUUGCAGACAAAAAAAAAUAUUCUCUUUCCCAAGAAACCCAAAGUGCCCAUUUUGAAAGACUAUGAAAAUGAGAUAUACAAAGUUAUUACAGGUUGCAUCUCAAAAUUUUUUCCUUUAUCUUUAUUCUAAGAGGAGUUAUUGAGAAUAGCGGUAGAAGGAAAGGCAGGAAAGUGUGAAAUAUGUAGGGGCUCCCACACAACAACCCACAGACUGGCAGAAAAUACGUAUCUCUAUUACCUUUAUGUCAAACCUCAGAGUCUUCAAGAAGUUCAUGCAUCUGACUGCAUUUCAGCCCAGCUUAUUCAUCUAGCAUUUAUUUCAACAUUAGGAUCUAGGACUUGACUUGCCAAUUAUUUGUUGUGAACAGCUGUAGUACUACUUACUCACCUAGGGAUAACAAAAGGUUGACUUCCGAUUGAUGUAUUUCUUAGGUUUAACUAUAGUAAAUGUUACCCAAGGUUUAACAGGUUAAAUAUAACACAGGCAAAUGUAAACACAAUGGUUCAAGUGCUCUUACAGUUGCAGAAAAGAUAUAGCUUGAAUUCUUUUACCUAAGCUGUUAAGGCAUUUUUAAAUUGUAUAAGGUGGCCUUCUAAUUGUUGUCCAGAAUCCACUCUCCUCUUCUUUCCUUAAUAAAAACCUGAAAUGAUUCCUUUUUCCCAGGUUCCCUGUGGGUAAGUGUGGCCAUGUGACUGUUGACCAACGAGCUGUGUGAGCUGAAGUGAUGUUUGCAACUUUUUUUUUUUCUUUUUUCUCCUUCUUUUAAAUAGGGAAGUUGCUUGCCUUCCAUUCUGUCCCCAUCUUCCCACUUCUUGGGAAAUGAUGACAAUUUGAAUGACCACCUUAUACUUGGGGAUGGAAGCCAUGCAGUGUUCUACCAACGGGAUCCUUGGAUGACUACACGGAGCAGAGCCACGUACGCACUAUUUCAGCCAAUGUAUUUAGAGAAACUGGUUUUCUGCCAUUUUUUCAUAUGCCAACUGCUAAACUGUCAACUGUAGACUCCAAAUAGGAAGAAAUCACAACUGGUGUCAAUUAAAAAAAAAAAUAGUGGGAGAAACUUGAA